AUGCCGCUUACGUGUUCGGACUGCCCAAAAUUGUGCUGCUCAGUGAUCAUACCGGGUUUUCAAAAAAUUAUUGCUCAGAAGGAAUUUAUUCUAAUUCUUGCCAGUACUCUAACCUAUAGGCGUAUUUGCCGAAAAGGGUUGCAGUAUCCAUCUAUUGGUGAAUAUCAUCUUGACAUUACUCGGCUACUUUCCGGGAUUGAUCCACGCCUGCAUCAUUAUUGCUUACUACUGACCGAUGUGUUUUCUCCGCCUCUUGCUAUCAAGAGAAUGAAACCUCGACUAUUUACAACGCCGUCUCUAAAAAGCGGUUCAUUGCAUGAUUUGAUACGUUGUAAAAGAUGA